GGUAAAGAAUAUCCUGUUGAACCAAACUUGCCUUCCAAGAAUGCCAUUGCGGUUAUCAUGUACACAAGUGGCAGUACAGGUCUGCCAAAGGUUUGUUUCUUAUUCAAGUUUUGUAACAGGCGUCCCUUUUUGUGUUUACAGACUCUUAUUCAUGUUCUCGAUCGAUGCAUGUUUUCAAAGUGCUUUGUUCAGAUUCAUACUCUUAACAGUCCCAACAAUUGUAGUUCAGAAACAUGAGUACACUUUGUUAUUGGGUGUUAUGAUUACUCAUGGGAAUAUGGUAGCCACAACAGCAGUUGUUAUGACAGUGAUUCCAAAUUUAGGUAGCAAGGAUGUGUACAUGGCAUACUUGCCCCUUGCUCAUGUUUUUGAGAUGGCAGCAGAGUCUGUUAUGCUAACUGCAGGUUGUGCCAUCGGUUACAGCUCUAUUCUGACUUUGACUGACUCAUCCAGUAAAAUCAAGAAAGGAACCAGGGGAGAUGCCAAUGUUUUAAAGCCCACCCUUUUGGCAGCUGUACCUGCUAUUAUUGAUCGUAUUCGAGAUGGAGUUGUAAAGAAGGUUGACGAUAAAGGGGGGCUUGUGAAGAAUCUUUUUCAUUUUGCAUAUCAGCGCAGACUGACAGCUGUAAAAGGAAGCUGGCUUGGAGCUUGGGGAUUGGAGAAGUUGGUGUGGGAAACCAUUGUCUUUAAGAAAAUCCGUGCUGCACUUGGAGGAAAACUCCGUUACAUGCUUUGUGGGGGAGCCCCUUUAUCUAAAGAUUCACAAAACUUUAUCAAUAUCUGCAUGGGGGCUACUACUGGGCAAGCAUAUGGCUUGACUGAAACAUUUGCAGGGGCUACAUUCUCAGAGUGGUACGACCACAAGGUGGGGCGUGUUGGUCCACCUCUUCCUUGUUCCUACAUUAAGCUUGUUUCUUGGGAAGAGGGAGGGUAUUUGACAUCAGACAAACCAAUGCCGCGUGGAGAGAUUGUAGUUGGGGGAUUCAGUGUAACCGCUGGUUAUUUUAAGAAUCAAGAAAAAACUGAUGAAGUGUUCAAGGUUGAUGAGCAUGGUAUGCGUUGGUUUUAUACUGGUGAUAUUGGACAAUGCCAUCCUGAUGGGUGUCUUGAGAUCAUAGAUAGGAAGAAGGAUAUUGUCAAACUUCAGCAUGGAGAAUAUGUCUCUCUUGGAAAGGUUGAGGCAGCACUAUCAUCAUGUGAUUAUGUGGAUAAUAUAAUGGUUUAUGCAGACCCCUUUUACAGCUACUGUGUGGCUCUAGUUGUUGCUUGUAAUCAUUCCCUGGAGAAGUGGGCUCAACAAGCUGGUGUUGAGUACAAAGAUUUUCCUGAUAUGUGUAACAAACACGAAACUGUCACCGAGGUCCUACAAUCUAUUUCUAAGGUUGCAAAAGCUACAAAACUGGUGAAAUCUGAAAUUCCUGCAAAGAUCAAGUUGCUUCCGGAUCCAUGGACACCUGAAUCUGGAUUAGUCACUAAUGCUCUCAAGAUAAAGAGAGAACAGCUGAAAGCCAAAUUUAAAGAUGACCUUCAGAAGCUUUAUGCAUGAAGUCUUUAAUUUUUUUUGUCAACAUAUUGUGCAGUGUAAGUUAUGUAAUUUGUUUUUUCUUUCUAAAUCUGAAAGUAGUAUGUGUAUUGUUUGUAAAUUGUAAUUAUAUACUUCAUAUGGUAUAACGAGGGAAGAUCAUGAAAACGUGAGGGUGGAAGAAACACGUGGAAGUAGGCGUGUGAGAAAAAAAUAAUAUCAAACUCAAUGAUUAUGAUUGGGCAAGGAUUCAUUAAAUAGAAGUUUGUUAGAGGAGAGAUGGGGUGCUGUCAUUUACGUAUUCUUCGACUUCUUCUUUUCAUUCUGUGCCUUCCUUCUCUGUUGUCAUUUCCUUUUCUGUUAUAUGAAUUUUUGUAUUCAUAUUAUUAGAGGAUGCUUUACAGAGAAUAUUACGAGAUACUAUUAUAACAUCAUUUCAU